AUUUGCAUCGUGACCGCUGAGCCGCGUGAUAUUGACGUGCAGUACAUGUCGCAGAAGGAGAAACUCAGUAUUGAUCCUAUAUUUGGAACCAUAACCGUGGGAAACAAGGACACUUCAACUCUAUUGCAGUCUGUGAGUGUGGUCAUUUCGCCCACUUUGGCCAAGUGCAGAACACCCAGUUUCUCGCGUAUUCUUAGUCAAACCACCACCACUAGAACCCCUACGACAACUGAACCACCGCUUGAUCUGACACAAUCACUUGAUGAUGUUCAAUCCAAUGGAACUCAGACAGACUUCGGGCCGGACAUGCAAGAUCUGUAUACAGACCUGCCACCUCUGAGUCGGCGACGCCGUGGUUGGUUCAAUGAGCUCAUUGCUGAUGAUCCGACCGGAGUAGCCCAGAUAAAUUCCAUCUUGAAGUUCAUUCUCAGCACUGAUUUUGGUAAUCAUUACUAUGAUGGACACUUUCUUUCUGACCUAAUUGCUGGCCUAAACGUCAUCGAAGACUGGGAAUCAUACCCGAUAUCAAAGGAUGUUAUUUCGCGAUCUGUUUUCUUCACAUCGGGUCUUGGCUUCAUUUAUCCUGCUAAACUCCACGGAUUUGAAGAGGACUUGACUGCAGAUUUUGCAAACUCCUCACUAUGGCAACGAGUUUUGGACUCAGAGGGUCUGCUCUUUUGGAUUCAACCAAAAAUGGAAGUUGCCGGCCUGACAUUGCAAGAAACAUAUCUGCAAUCCAGGCUCUCUGAGUUUCCUGAGUGCAGUGGGGACAAGGUCUGUUACCUUUUAGACGACGCAGCCUUGAUUCUCGCUGCAAACAAACCCACCCUCAAUUAUCAGGUCGGGCAUUUUCUCGGCUCCGCUGAUCCCUGGCUGAUGCAAGAACUGCUGGCCAAUAUGGUGUACAACAGGGUGAAAUACUAUGACUAUCAGUCCGUUUGUGACACGACGGAACUGGCGGAUCGAAACUGCACAUCAUCGGGCACACGUCUUAUGCCUCUAUUCAGUCCGCCUCUACAUGAGUUCGCCAUGGUUUAG